AUGGCAGGGAGGGAAAGCAAGAGCGAAGAGCGGAGAGCGGGAGGGAGAGCAGAGGGGAGAGGAGAGGGAGGGGGCAAGCGGGGGGGGGGGAAAGGGAAAGGGGCAAGAGGAAAGGGAGCGGGGAAGACCCGGGGGGCAAGGAGGAAAGGAAGAGGGGAGAAACCCCAGAGGGCGGAGAGGAAGCGGAGAAGAAAGGAAGAAGCCGAAGCGGGAAGGAGCGGCGGGAAGGGAAGGGCACGAGAAAAAAGCGGAGGAGGAGGGAAGGAAGGGAAGGGCGGGAAGGGGCAGGAGGGCAGGGGAGGGCAAGGAAGAAGAGGAGGGGGAAAAGAGCGAGGGGGAGGGGAGGGAGCGAAAGGAAGAGCGAAGAGAGGAGAGGGGGAAGGGGGGAAAGGGGCAGGGGCGAGAGAGGAGAGGAGGGGGCAAGCGGGGCGGAGGGGAGGGGGAAGACGGGGGCGCCAAGCAGGAAAAGAAGAGGGGAGAGUAGAGAGGGCGAAGACGAAGCGGGGCAAAAAGGGAGAAGGCCAACCCGAAAAGGAAGAACCCGAAGCCGGGAAGGAAGGAGCGGGGAAAGGGGAGGCAGGGGGAAAAAGCGAGGAGGAGGAGGCGAAGGAAGGGAAGGGAAGGGGGGGGGCGGGGGGAGGGGGGGGGGAAAGCAAGAGCGGGGAGCGGGGGGGAGGAGGAAGAGGAGGAGGGGCGGCGAAGCGGGGGGGGGGCGCGGGGGGGAGAAGGCCCGGGGAGGGGAGAGGAAGAAGGGGAAGCGGAGGAGGCAGGAAGAAAGGGGAGGGGGAGAGGAAACCCGAAACCGGACGGGGAGGAGGGAGGCGGGCGGGAGAAAAGGGAGGGAGGAGGAGAAGGAAGAAAGCGGGGAGGAAAGAAAAGGCGGAAGCGGAAGCGGGGGAGAAAAGCGGGAGAGGGAGAGGAAAGAAGAAAGCGGAGGGCGGGGGGCAAGGAAAGCCGACGGGGAGGAGGGAGGAGAGGGAGACAGGCGGGGAGGACGGGGGAAGGGAAGGCGAACCCGAAAAAGGAAGAACCCGAACCCGGGAAGAAGAGCAGGCGGGAAAGAGACGGGGGAGGGAGGGAAAGCAAGAGGGAAGAGCGGAGAGCGGGAAGGGAGGGGGAGAGGAGAGGGAGCGGGCAAGCGGGGGCGGGGGGAGGAAAGGGAGGGGGCAAGCCGCGGGGAAGGCAAGGAGGAAAGGAAGAGGCGAGAGGAGAGACGGGGAACCCGAAGCCGGGAACAAAGGAAGAAGGGGAAGGCGGGAAGAAAGCCCGAAGGCCAAGGGAGAACCCGAAGAAGAGGCAGAAGCGGGAAGGAAAGACGCGAACGCAGGGGAGAGGGGCAAGGCAAGAGGGAGGAGGGCAAAGCCGAAGGGAGGCGGCGAAGUGAAGAAGGAAGAAGAAGCUGAGGCGUACCCCAAUGAGAGGGAAGUGUCACGUUAA